CUCUCUCUCUCUCUAACUCUAACUCACUGCAUAUGAUAUCAGUUGUUGUUUAUCACUUGGUCAAUCAGCUUCCAUAUAAUUCGGGAAAUUUAUUUAUUUUUACCACAGUUAACGCACUUUCCAAAAGCGCAAAAGUAUUUUUUCCCCCAAAAUUCCUGAAAAUGGAAACGAACUCAGUUGCUGUAUGUAUUUAACCACCUCUGUCUGUAGAUAGGUGAAUAUCAAAACCCUAAUCAGGGUUCUGUGUAAGAAACCAAAUUCGCCGCCUAUGUUGAUCAGAGCCGUCAGCUUCUCCCCACCCCCCAAUAAGCUCUCUUGAUCUCUCCUCCCUCUCGGCUCUUGUUUAGCUCCAACUCUUCUUUCUAUUUGCCGAGGAAAAUUUCUUGCUCCUCUUCCUUCUUUUGUGCUGUUUCGAGUUUGGUAAUCGAAUCUCUGUUUCCCUUUUGGGUUCGAUUGUCCAGUUUUGGAUCAUUCGUACGGGUGCAAGGCUCUUUGAGAGUUCUAACGCCCAAAGAUUGGAUUUUUUAUGAUGUAAAUCAUGGCUUCUAGGUGUUUAGAUUAGAAAUUUAGGAUUUGUAGGUUUUUUUUUUUUCUAGGAUUUUAGGUUAUCGUGGGGAACGAGUGGUUAAUUGGGAGGCUGUUAAGAUGCUGUCUGAAUUUGGAAGGAGACCAAUGCUUGGCGGUAACGAAGGAUCGUUUGGAGAUGAAUUGGAGAAAGAAAUCAGCUUGUUGCUGCAAGAGCAGCGGCAGCAAGACGCCGAUGAUCUCGAAAAGGAGCUCAAUUUGUACAGAAGUGGGUCAGCUCCUCCAACUGUUGAGGGUUCAUUGAGUGCGGUUGGUGGCUUCUUCAACCGCGGUGGCGAUGGCGGUGGGGGCGGCACCGACUUUUCGGGGUUUGCCAACAGUAAGGGCGGUAAUGGGUUUACGUCUGAGGAAGAGCUUAGGGCUGACCCUGCUUAUUUAUCCUAUUAUUAUUCUAAUGUGAAUUUGAACCCUAGGCUGCCACCGCCUCUGCUAUCAAAGGAGGAUUGGCGGUUUGCUCAGAGGUUGCAAGGAGGGAGUUCCACGGUGGGUGGGAUUGGCGACAGAAGGAAAUUGAAUAGGAAUGAUAGUGUUGGUGGCGGGAGAUCAUUGUACUCGAUGCCACCGGGGUUUAGAUCCAAAAAAGGAGAGAGUGAGACUGAGUUGGAGAAAGUCCACGUUUCAGCAGACUGGGAUGGUGAUGGGCUGAUUGGCUUACCUGGUUUAGGUCUUGGUGGGAAGCAAAAGAGCCUUGCCGAAAUAUUUCAGGAUGAUUUGGGGCGUACAACUCCUGCAUCUGGGAUUCCUUCCCGACCCACCAGCCGUAAUGCUUUCGAAAACAGCGAGACCUUAGGUUCUGCUGAAGCCGAGCUGUCUAAUUUGGGUAGUGAACUAGGAUCUAAAGAUACCAAGCAACCGUCUCUAAAUGUUCAGAGCUCAUCUGCUAUCCAAAAUGUUGGUCCACCCACAUCAUACUCCUAUGCUGCUGCUUUAGGUGCUUCCUUGUCUCGAAGCACCACCCCUGAUCCCCAACUCAUUGCUAGGGCUACUAGUCCUUGCCUUCCUCCAAUUGGUGGAGAGAGAGCAAGCAGUUCUGUGAAGAGAGGCAUUAACAGUCCAAACUCAUUCAACGGCGUCUCAGCUACCAUUACUGAAUCUGCAGAUUUGGUCACUGCUUUGUCUGGCAUGAACCUUUCAAAUGGUGUGAUAGAUGUUGAGAACCAUUUGCCACUUCAUAUUGAACAGGGUGUGGAUGAUCAGAAGAAUUAUGCCUCCAAUUUGCAAAAUGGCCAGAAUAGUGCCAAGCAGCACCCAUUCAUGAAGAAACCUGAAUCUGGGCACUUUCAUAUGCUUUCUUCUGAGCAGUCAGCCAAAAUGUCACAUUUAGAUUCAAGCAAGAGCAAUGGGGUUGGAUCAGACCUUACUAACUCUUCCAUAGUUUCAGAUAGGCAAGUUGAUCUGCAUAGAACUGCUUCUUCUCCCAAUAAAUCAUAUGUAAAAGGAUCCCAGACUGCUACUUUUAACAGUAAAGGAACUCUACCUUCUCAUUAUCAGCAUAAGGAUAAUGCUAGUUCACUUUUGAGCUAUGGUUUAGGUGGGUACCCCAUAAAUUCAGCAAUGCCGUCUGCCAUGGCUGGUCAUCUUGGCACUUCUAAUCUACCACCUUUAUUUGAAAAUGUUGCUACCGCAUCAGCUAUGGGUGCCCCUGGCAUGGAUUCAGGGGUAUAUGGGGGAGGUUUUCCUUCUGGAUUAAAUCUAAACCCUGGAGCAUUAGAAUCACACAAUUUCCACAGACCUGGGAACCAGAUGGCUGGGAGUCCCCUUCAGAGUCCUAUUCUGGAUCCAAUGUAUCAUCAAUACUUGAGGACUGCUGAGUAUGCUGCCGCUCAGACUGCAGCCCUUAGUGACCCUUCUAUGGAUGGGACUUACUUGGGGAACUCAUAUGUGGAUUUACUUCAAAAAGCUUAUCUGGGCUCUUUGAUAUCGCCUCAGAAGUCACAAUAUGGUGUUCCAAUUGGCACAAAGUCGAGUGUUUCUAAUCACCAUGGUUUAUAUGGAACUUCUGCAUAUGGUGUUGGUUUAUCAUAUCCUGGAAGUCCCUUGGCUAGUCCUGUUAUUCCAGGCUCACCUGCUGGACCUGGAAGUCCUAUGAGGCAUGGUGAACUCAAUAUGCGAUACCCUUCUGUGAUGAGAAACUUGCCUGGGGGUGGAAUGGGAACCUGGCACUUACGGGCUGGUCUUACUGUUGAAGAUAACUUUUCUUCCUCUUUGCUGGAUGAAUUCAAGAGCAAUAAAACCAAGUGUUUUGAACUCUCAGAGAUUGCUGGACAUGUUGUUGAGUUCAGUGCGGAUCAAUAUGGGAGUCGGUUCAUCCAGCAAAAGCUUGAAACAGCAACAACAGAGGAAAAAAACAUGGUUUUUGAGGAAAUAAUUCCCCAAGCUCUUACGUUGAUGACUGAUGUGUUUGGUAAUUAUGUGAUUCAAAAGUUUUUCGAGCAUGGAAUUGCAUCCCAGAGAAGAGAACUAGCUAGCAAGCUUUUUGGGCAUGUGCUAACACUUAGCCUUCAAAUGUAUGGUUGUCGGGUGAUCCAGAAGGCUAUAGAAGUAGUUGAUCUUGACCAAAAAAUUAAAAUGGUUGAUGAACUCGAUGGUCAUAUCAUGCGCUGUGUGCGUGAUCAGAAUGGGAAUCAUGUUAUACAAAAGUGCAUUGAAUGUGUUCCUGAGGAACAUAUACAGUUCAUUGUUUCAACUUUUUUUGAUCAUGUUGUGACGCUUUCCACUCAUCCUUAUGGGUGUCGUGUGGUACAGAGAAUAUUGGAGCAUUGCAGGGACCCAAAGACCCAGAGUAAAGUAAUGGAUGAAAUUUUAGGAUCUGUUAGCAUGCUGGCACAAGAUCAGUAUGGCAAUUAUGUCGUUCAGCAUGUGCUGGAGCAUGGGAAGCCACAUGAGCGUUCUGCAAUAAUUGAGGAAUUAGCUGGGAAGAUAGUUCUAAUGAGCCAGCAAAAGUUUGCAUCCAAUGUUGUUGAGAAAUGUUUAACUUUUGGCAGUUCUGUUGAACGUCAACUGCUGGUGAAUGAGAUGCUUGGCUCUACCGAUGAAAAUGAACCUUUACAGGCAAUGAUGAAAGAUCAAUUUGCAAACUAUGUUGUGCAAAAGGUACUGGAAACUUGCAAUGAUCAACAACGCGAACUGAUCCUGUCACGAAUCAAGGUUCAUCUGAAUGCGCUAAAAAAGUACACAUAUGGAAAGCACAUCGUUGCUCGUGUUGAGAAGCUUGUUGCAGCUGGAGAAAGGAGAAUGGCUGCACAGUCUCCACAGCCUGCUUCGAAGGCAUAGAAAAUAAAGUUGUUGUACAGCUUAACUGAGGCAGUUUGAGCUACCUCUCUUCCCUUUUCCACUCUUCUGUCUGUCUAUCUAUCUGUCUUUAGAAGGCAAGAGCUGAUUGAAAAUAAAAUUUGCUGCUUGUAUUAGAACUUCUACUACCACUACUACUACUGUAAAUUGUGUAGUUUAAGGUUGUUUAUACAUAGAGUUAUCAUCUUGAAAGGCCGACGGGACGAGGAUCGCAUGCAUGCCCCUGCCCUGCGGAGGAGGAGGAGAUUAAAUGACAAUACCAGGCUGUAAAAAAAAAAUUUGAACAAAUAACUCUCAGAGGUAGUUUACAUUUCGACGUGACUGUACAAAUGUUGCCAUUAUGGAGAGCUCUUGUUUAGCCAGGGCUGCGAAUUUUCAAAUAUGUGGUAAUUUGAGAACUUUCCUUUGUAGUGUUUA